AUCGACGACCCGACGCGGAGAGGUCGCCAGUUUCCGCCGCAGCGAUCUCGCUCCUCGUCGUCGGCUUCUAUCGCAAUCUAGCUCCUCGUCGUCCCCUCCGGCCUCCGAGGGAGUUCAAAGUGGUCAACACAGAAGAGUUGGUUCUCAUUCUUUUUUGUUCAAUUUAUAUCAUUGGAGCAAUGCCACCUCAUAAGAUCGAGACUGGGCAUCAAGAUGUGGUGCAUGAUAUUGCCAUGGAUUACUAUGGGAAGCGUCUUGCUACAGCCUCCUCUGAUAACACGAUAAAGAUCAUUGGCGUAAGUGGCACCUCGCACCAGCAACUUGCAACUUUGAGUGGACACCAGGGCCCAGUUUGGCAAGUCGCAUGGGCUCAUCCUAAGUUUGGUUCAAUGCUUGCAUCCUGCAGCUAUGAUGGCCGGGUUAUCAUCUGGAAAGAAGGGAGCAAACCUGAUGAAUGGGCUCAGGUACACACUUUUGUUGAGCACAAGUCCUCUGUCAAUUCCAUUGCAUGGGCACCUCAUGAGCUGGGUCUAUGCUUGGCUUGUGGUUCAUCUGAUGGGAACAUUUCAGUCUUCACUGCUCGUUCUGAUGGAGUGUGGGACACAACACGCAUUGAUCAGGCGCAUCCAGUGGGUGUUACCUCAGUUUCUUGGGCUCCAGCAGUGGCACCGGGUGCUCUUAUCAGUCCAGGAUCUUCUGGCCAGUUUGAAUAUGUUCAGAAACUUGCUUCUGGUGGCUGCGACAAUACAGUAAAGGUGUGGAAGCUCAACAACGGAAGUUGGAGGAUGGAUUGUUUCCCCGCCCUACAGAUGCACAGGGAUUGGGUGAGAGACGUUGCAUGGGCACCAAACCUAGGCCUCCCAAAGUCCACUAUUGCCAGUGCCUCUCAGGAUGGAACGGUUGUUAUCUGGACAGCAGCAAAAGAGGGUGAGCAGUGGGAAGGCCGAGUCCUGUAUGAUUUCAGAACUCCUGUGUGGAGGCUGUCGUGGUCGCUGACUGGAAAUAUACUGGCAGUGUCUGAUGGCAACAACAAUGUGACCCUGUGGAAAGAAGCUGUGGAUGGUGAAUGGCAGCAAGUGACCACUGUAGAGCCAUAGAUUUUUGAGUUAUUCGUCGACCUUUGUUACAUUAUCAUAAUAAUGUCAUUUUCCGGCAAGGUGGGUUGGUCACAGGUGGAGCUGUUCGUAGUUGUUAUGCUUCUGCUUUCAUAGCAAUUAGCAAGGCGCGAACAGGGUAUGGGACAUGGUUUUGCCUCUAACAAAGGCAGGAAAUUAGCUCUACCGUUUCAACUGUGCUCGUGUGUGGUGUCCCGUAUUGUAGGAUAAUCGACACUACUGCUAAUUAUGAGUUCUAUGGAUCAUAUUGUGUCUU